AUGACCAUUCCACAGUCUUCUGACGCCGCACAGCCCAAGCCAUCAGGGAUCAAAGUGGUUGUUGUUGGAGCAGGCUUUGGUGGACUGACGGCCGCGAUUGAAUGCCAUCGACAAGGGCACAACGUCGAGAUAUACGAGUCAUUUCCUGAGCUGAAAUCACUGGGCGAUAUCAUUUCAUUCGGCCCCAAUGCAGGCCGCAUCUUCCGUCGCUGGUCGAACGGCUUGGUGGUAGAUCGCAUGACUCCACUCAGUAUCAAUCUAGAGAACCAUGGCUUCAAGAUUCACAAGUGGACAGGCGAGCUUGUUUAUACACAGCCACCUCAUAAGAAAAAUCCCGAGGCACCUGUGUUUAACGGCCACCGAGGCGAGUUGCACACGGUGGUUUUCAACUAUGCCAAAGAUGAGCUGUGUAUCCCUAUUCAUCUGGGUCAGAGGGUGACGAAGUAUUUCGAGGAUGAGAAUCAAGCGAGAAUAGAACUCGAGAACGGUAAUCAGGUCACAGCAGACGUGGUGAUCGGCGCAGACGGAGUACGCUCUCAAGCGCGCGAGCUAGUGCUUGGGUAUUUUGAUAAGCCGAAGUCGAGUGGAUAUGCCAUCUUCCGUGCAUGGUUUCCCAACACAGACAUGAUCAGGGAUCCGCGUACGAAGCACUUCUGUGAGAAUGGAGACACCUUCAACGGCUGGAUUGGACCAGACGUGCACUUUCUAUUUUCGACCAUUAAGAAUGGGCAGGACUGCUGUUGGGUGUUGACGCAUAAGGACGAAGCGGAUAUCGAAGAGUCUUGGUCGCUUCCCGGAAAACUAGAAGAUGUAUACAAAGUGAUCGAAGGCUGGGAUCCGCUCUGCAAAGCUAUCGUCGAGAAGUCGCCUUCGCUGGUAGACUGGAAACUGGUUUACCGCGACCCGCUACCAAAAUGGGUGAGCGAGCAUGGCCGCAUUGCAUUGUUGGGCGACUCGGCGCAUCCGUUUCUACCGACCUCAGCGCAGGGUGCUACGCAGGCGAUGGAAGAUGGGGUUGUGAUGGCGAUCUGUCUGCGGCGUGCUGGGAAGGGUUCUGUGCCGGCAGCGGUGCAUGCGUACGAGAAUAUCAGGUAUGAGCGUGUGCGAGCAGUUCAGAAGACCGGCGAGACGACGCGUGAUAUGUGGCAUAAAGCGGAUUGGGAAGCUGUUGCGAAGGAUCCAGCUUCUAUUCAGUUGCCAAGAGAAGAUUGGAUUUUUCAGUUUGAUGCGGAGACGAAUGCGGAGGAGGCUUUCGAUGAGGCUGUGAAGAAGUUUUUAUAG